AGCAGCAACCGCAAACGAAAAAAACGAACUAGCAUCGAGAUAACGAUUAAAGGGGCCCUAGAAGAGCACUUCACCCGCCAGUCAAAACCGUGUGCCGCCGAAAUAUCCCGCCUCGCUGACAUACUCCAACUGGAAAAGGAAGUAGUUAGAGUUUGGUUCUGCAACAGACGACAGAAAGAAAAACGCAUGAAUGGCUCUGUA